UGUAGUGAAAGGCCGGUGUUGGCGAUAGAAGCUGCAAUUCACCCAUUGGCCACUGGGUGGCGGUGUGUUACGUCAUUAGUGUUUCCUCGCUCGCAGGGGGAGGAGUAGGAAGAAGAAGCAGUAGCAGCACGUUGCUGUACGUGUCUAGAGCCAUGCCGGGAGACAGCCGCCGUAUUCGUGGCCCUGAAGAGUCCCAGUCCCCUUUGCUCUAUGCACCCAGUGAAGAAGGCAGGAAGGCGGCAGGGAGAAGCGGCCGCGGUCUAUCAGAGCCCCGCGCGGUUUUUGUACGGGCCGGCCUCCUGAGCCAAGCUAAAGGAUCCGCCUACCUAGAGGCCGGCACUCGCGGUACCAAAGUGUUGUGUGCGGUUCACGGGCCGCGGGAGCGAGGGAUGGGAGCGGAGAGAGCGGAGCCCCGGGGUCGCCUGGUCUGUGAGUUGCGCUGGGCUCCCUUCUCCCGCCGCGGACCCUGGUCUGGCUCUAGUCCCGCUGGGCCCUCCCCCCGCCAGGCCGGACUGUUGCUGCAGGAAAGUCUGGAACCGGCCGUGCGAUUGGAUCGCUAUCCGCGAGCGGAGGUGAUUGUGUGGCUGCUGGUGCUGGAGGAUCGCGGUUCUGCGCUGCCCGCGGCCGUGUCCUGUGCCUCGUUGGCUUUGGCCGAUGCCGGAAUUGAGAUGUUUGACUUGGCGCUCGGAUGUGGCCUGAGCCGCGGCCCUGGAGGGGAACUUCUACUCGAUCCUGAUGAUGAGGAAGAGGAGGCUGGCAGUGGCGGCACCAUGAGUCUGAGUCUCCUGCCAACACUCAAUCAGGUUUCUGGCCUUAUCAGCAGUGGAGAGUGGGAAGGAGAAAGCUCAGUGGAAGCGGUUAGACUGUGCAUGGAAGGCUGCCAGAGAUUGUACCCGGUUUUGCACCAGUGCUUGGUAAAAGCCACUAAAAGGAACAUACCAGAGCCUGACACAAAGUGAUCCUCACAGCCUUGGGUGCAGCUCUCCCAAACACAACUAAUGGUGCUGUAAAGCUAAUGCUGCCUCAGUUCUGCUCUACAGUAAAUCCAGAGCACCCGAAGUCAAAACCACCAUUCCUGACUGAUCAAAGUUCUUGUUGAAGUGGCACAUUCUGUAUAUGGUCAGCUGGAGAUUAUAGCUUGCAAUUCUGCAUUCACGUUGAAUGUAAAAGGAGUAUAGUAUCUAUACAGAAUUUAUGGGCAAAUGUGUCAAACCACUUCAACAACAGUUGUCUGCUGCAAGAAAUAACGUUGAUUUUGGUUUGAGUUACUAUGGCAUCUGUAUAUCCCUGCCUUCUGAACGUAUAGUAGCAGCUACUCUCACUUUCCUUAAAGGGGAGAUCUAUACCCAACUUCUUUUUGGCAUAAUAAAUAAAAAACAUGGGAUGCUACGCAACUUUUCAAUAUGAAUGCAUCACCACACAUUUGCAAUAGUUUUUGUAAUUACAAUUGAUUAUGUAUUUUAUGUCUGUUUAUAGUCUCUCUACUUUUACUUCUGACUCCCAAAACAAUGUUGCAAGCCAGCAGUAUUGUUACUUACAAUUUUAUUUUCUUUCACUGGGCAAAAUCAGUUUUUUUUUCUGUAAGCAGCCUUUGACUUUUUCCAUGCUGGUAGAUUACUGGCUUUUUUAUAUGGUGGCAGCAAACUGCACUUGGCAUUACUUUAAAACAUUAAAGGCUUUAUGACAUCUGAUUUUCUUGCAGUUUUAAAUAUUUGAUUAAAAAUAUCAUUAUAUUAAA